AUGCGCAGCAAAGUACCAGUAGGCAAGUCCUCACCUCGUCCUCACGUGCAGGUUAAUAACUACGGGCGAAUUAACUUGCCUGGCUAUGACAUCCGAGUAGCCAUGGCGAAGAACGCGAGCAAGGCGGCAAGUCCUACCGCCGCCUCCGGUCCUGCUGACAUCGAGGAGGACGACUGGUGGAGUCGGCCGGUCGGGAGCGACGACGAGGUGGAAGAGUGGCAUGCUGGUGAUUCCGACAACGACGGAGGUAAAGAUGCGCAUGGUAACAACGCGGAGGCAGCGGCGGAUGCACAGGAAGCGGCGAUGGAUGCGAAUGAGGAGGCUGACGACGAGGCGGGGGCGGAACUUGAGACAUUUGCGCCUGCGGAUGCGGCCGCAGUUGCGGAUGCGGAAGGCGAGGAAGGCGGGGACGACGACCCAUGGAGCUUUGGGACCGACGACGACGUCCCGCUACUGAAGCGGAGGCUGCGCCAUCGCCUACAGCCCAAGUCAAAGCGGGCCCGGGUGGUGCUCUCUGACGACGACGGUCCGGGGGAGGAGCGUCGCCCGAUACUCACCGCUGCGGAGAAGGGGAAAGCCAAGGUCGCGGAAGCCCCUGCUAAGGCCCCUGCUAAAGCCCCUGCUCGUCGCCGCACAAGCAACAAGAAGCUGACAUCCGACGGAGACCCGGGAUCCAGCAAGGGUGCGGCUAAGAAGAAGGCGAAGAAGGCGCCGAAUCCUGACGACAUCGUCGUGUACGAGCCGCUGGGCAGCGACGAUGAGUACGCGGCGGCGGCGGGCCCGAUUCCCACGUUCCCUGAGAAGGUAACGCCGAGGGACCCCACCCUCCGUAAUCCCAACACCCGCCCACCUUCCCCUCGCAACAAAGACACUACGAAGAAGCCCCGCAAUUGGACCGUGCGGAACCUGCGGAGGCCUCCGCACCCCGUGGUGCUGCAGUGGAUCGCGGAGGCUUGGGAUCAAGUCCCCAAGCAGAUCAUCAUCGACGCGUUCCGCCACUGUGGGAUCUCGAGCAAGCUGGACGGAACAGAGAACCACCUGGUGAUGUCUCACCUGCGCGCCAGGAGCACCACCGAUGUCUCCGCGGACAUGUCUCUCGGGGGGACCACAGGCGACAACACGUGCCUGCUCGGUCGGGCUCCAGAGGAGGAGGAGGAGGAGGCGAUGCAGGCGGAGGGCGUGCGGGAGGUGGCCGUGGCAACCGGCCUGGAGGUGCUGUACCAGGAGACCCCCAACUACCGCGGAGCGGCGGCUGAGGCUGACCGCAUGAUCGAGCCUAGAGAGACGGCUAGGCAUGCUUGGCGAGUGCCAGACCUGGGUGUAGAGCCUGAUGUUAGUGCAGGUGAGGAGGCGGUGACUAAGGGGGGUUAG